AGCAGAACCAGUUCUACAAUAAAUAGAUGAUAGACUUGAUGUGUGCGCUCAUGUUGUUUGGCGAUGCUGUCCCACAUGGAUCUGCGUGUGCUGGCCCUGCUGAUGCUGAGCUCGGGUCUCUGGGUCCGCUGUGAUCUUCCCAGCUCCCUGAGCGGAGCGUACAUGCAAGGAGACAUCAACAUCGCCAUCCUGAGCUCCAUCCACUCUAAAGUGAUCAACCUCCACAAGAGGACCAGACCUCAGCCCUUCGUCUGCACCGAUUUUGAUCUGAUCCCAUUUCUACAAUCGCUGGGUGCCAUCUACACAAUCGAAGAAAUCAACAACUCUUCGUUACUUCCGGGGAUUAAGCUGGGAUAUGAAGUGUGUGAUUCGUGUGCUUCUCCCACCAAGGCUCUGCACUGCGUGGAGCAUCUGUUGGCCGUUAACGGGUCGGUGCCGGCGCUCUCAGACUACUCCGACUUCCAUCCACCAGUGAAAGCUUUUCUGGGAGAGAGGUACUCCGAGCUGUCCAUCGCCAUCGCCAAGCUCCUCAGCCUCUACCUGUGUCCCCAGGUCAGCACCUCAUCCUCUGCUCCAGUCCUGAGCGACAAACUGCGGUACCCGUCCUUCAUGCGUGUGAUUCCCAGUGACAUCUACCAGGCUCAGGCGCUGGUCAAGCUCAUGUCUCAUUUCUCAUGGAACUGGGUCGGUGUCGUGUAUGGAGAUGAUGACUACGGGAGAGCGGCCUACCAAAGCUUCGUCCAACAGUCAGCUGGAACGAUAUGUGUUGACUUUGAGAAAGCGGUAACGCACUACUUGGACCACGUCGAUGUGGAGAAGUACAUCAAAGAUGCUGCUAAGAGCAUUAGAGAGUCUCGCGCCAAGGUGGUGCUGCUCAUCCUGAAGCCACAGCUGGUGGAGAAGCUUUUCAAGGAGAUGAUUCAAACCAACACAAGCAGAGUCUGGAUCGCGAGCGACGCCUGGUCUAUUUACCGGCCCUUAACCAAGAUGAAUGACAUAAACAAAGUGGGUAAAAUCUUUGGCUUUUCCUUUACCAUGGGAAACAUACCAGGGUUUGAAGACUACUUGAGAAACCUCAGGCCGAUGCCAGGAGCAAGAAAUGCCUUCAUAGAAGAGUACAAGCAGCUGAGACUGAACUGCUCGCUUUGGCCCAGGAACUGCUCCACAGAUGACGUGCUGUACGCUGUGUACCUGAGAGAGGCCUACAUGGAGAGGCUGGCCAUAUAUGCUAUAGCACACGGGCUCAGGACACUGCUGGACUGCAACGACACCGCCUGCUCCGGAGACAACAACUUCCCUCCCUGGAAGCUAUUGGAAAGCAUGCACAGUGUGAAUUUCACGCUCGAUGGCACUAGAUAUUUCUUUGACGAAAACGGUGACUUUGUGGAUGGUUACGACCUCAUAAUGUGGAAGGAAAAAGAUGAUGAACGAAUUAUUGAAAUUGUGGGGAAAUUCCUCUUGAAAAAAGGAGACGUGGAGAUCUUCAGUGAAUUCCAGUCGUUAAAUGACAGCCUACCCUUGGCCAGGUGCUCAAACUCUUGCACACCUGGCACUGCGAAGAACCAGUCCAAGAUCCCCUGCUGCUACAACUGCGUUGAAUGUUCUGAAGGAAAAUAUACUGAUGGAUACGAUUUCCCCGAAUGCCUGAAAUGUCCUGAAGGAAAAUGGUCUACUACGGGAGCAAGUGAAUGCGAGUAUUUCCAGGAGAUUUAUCUGGUUUGGAACGACAGUUAUCCCAUAGCUCUGUUAGCGGCGACAGCGAUAGGCUUGAUUCUAGUGUUCACCUCCUUCAUCAUUUUCAAUGUGCACAGAAACACCACAGUCAUCAGAAAGGCUGACAACACGAUGUCUUGUUUCAUGUUCCUGGGGCUGACGGUCAGCUUCGCCAGCGUAGUCAUGUUUAUCGGCCGGCCGAACGAGCACCAGUGCAGGGCUCAGCAAGCCUUGUACGGCCUCGGGUUCACCCUCUGCGUUUCCUGCAUCCUGGUUAAAGCCUACCGCACUUUCCUGGCUUUCCUGGCCUUUGAUCCGGACAAGCAGCACCAGCUUAAAAAGCUCUACAAGCCUGUUAUCAAUUUGGUCCUGCUUACCGGUGCUCAAGGAAUCAUCCUGUUGUUCUGGAUGACUCUGGGAAAGUCUCCUCGACCAGAUAUAAAGUGGCCUGAGAGUGGCCUAAAACAAUAUGUUGUCUGCGACGAGGGCUCCAUCAUAGGUUUUGUCGUGAUGCAUGGUUACAUAGCUCUAUUGGCCUUCAUUUGUUUCUUUGUUGCAUUCAAGGGUAGAAAAGUGCCACAUGAUUUCAACGAGACUGGCGUCAUCAUCUUCAGCAUAUUGAUUCAUCUGUUUGUCUGGCUUUGCUUUAUUCCCAUUUAUAUUGAAAGAAACAAGACCGAACAGCGGCACAUUGUUCAGGCCUCGGCCAUCCUGGCAUCCAACUAUGGCAUAAUCUUUUGUCAUUUUAUCCCAAAGUGCUACAUAGUCCUGUGGGAGCUGUCGGAGAACUCGAGGGUAUCGAUCAUGGGGAGGUUGGCUAGACGCAUUAAAGAGGACACAGCCACUGCGGACAUUACCGUACUACAUGAAGCGGGCCGGAUUACUCCAGGCGUCAUCAGCCCUGGUGUAGCACCAUCGGUGAUCGAGAUCAGUUGCAUUACUAAAGAUGUUUUCAGUACUCUCAAGACUGAGGAUGUUUUUAAUAUGGAUAGAGGCGGUAUAGAUCCUACAGUUUCCCGCCAUUUCAGGGUGACGCAAAGACACACUACGAAAUAAAAAUAAAAGUGUUGUCUUGUAUUCUUCUAGCAAUUCCAUCAACAAACAAACACUUCCUUGGCCAGAACAGUGAAUCUUUCAGACUUUCUUAAAUAAUCUGGAUUUUUCCUGCAAAAAUGCUUUUUUUACUUAGUAUUU